AUGUCCUUCGCCGGAAGAUGGGAAACUGAAUCUCAGGAGGGAUAUGUGGAGUUCUGCAAGCUGCUUGGCAUCCCUGAUGACGUCAUCGAGAGGGGCCGUGACUACAAGCUGAUCACUGAGAUCACACAGGAUGGAGACAGCUUCACCUGGUCACAGCUGUACCCCGCCAACCACAAGGUCACCAACUCCUUCACCAUCGGCAAGGAGGCUGACAUGGAGACCAUCGGAGGGAAGAAGUUCAAGGCCACAGUCAACAUGGAGGGAGGCAAGCUGACAGCUGCCUUUCCCAACUACCUCCACACCACGGAGAUUGUUGGAGGCAAGCUUAUUGAGACUUCCAAAGCUGGCUCUGUAGUGCUGAAGAGAACCAGCAAGAAGAUCUAA